ACCUGUCAACCAGCUGAUUUGCAGCUGAUUGUUAGUGUUGUCAAUUUUCCGAUUGAAGCAAAAUUGCUUUAAAUGAAUAAAAACCGGGUUUGUUAAAAAAAUUAAGUUAGUUUAUAUUUACCAAACUACACUGCUUAAAUUCAAUCGAUGACUUGACAAGAUUUCUAACCUCACACCCAUGGCUCAGUGCAAACAGACUCCUCAAGAAUUUAUAAAAAACGCCUUUACUCCUCAAAUUGCUGUUUUGUGUACACCUCUUGCUGAAAGUUCUUGUGAGAAAAAUAAUUUGAAUUUUAUUGAAUUACUUCAACCUUUUUCAAAAUUGAGCAAUGAUGUUCAUUACAAAGAUCCAGCAGGUACAGUUAUAACAAUAAGGAAUCUGAAAUUAACUUUCUUGGAUGUGAAUUCAAGACCUCCUCAAACCACUUUAGCUAGGAAAUUUUUGAAUUCCUCAGUAAGUGAAUUGUCAGACUUCAGGACUGAAAGUUUUAUAACCAGUGAACACGCUUUAAACACUACUUUAACUACGCCAUGGUUUGAGGCUUGGAGAGAUACGUUUUUACGAGUUCAGUAUCCCUCUGAUCAUGAAUAUACAAAACAUUUUCUAUCAUGUGUUUUGGUUGUUUCUUCAGCUGAAAUCAAUGUUAUUGAAAGUAUCAUUCAGUUAUCACAGAGUUUGAAUCAAAUGCAGAACAAUGCUCCCGGAAAGUUACCUAAAUGGUUUAGCUCAAAUAUUUUAAAAUAUUAUGUGAUCAUCCAUGACAAUGUUGAAGGAAAUAUUGAUGUUGCUAAUGAAGCAUAUGAGUCUGUUAAAUCAUCAUACGGAGAAGCAAAUUGUUUUCUUUUAAGAAUGAAUUCACGGCCUCCUGGUGCUGCGAACACUGAGCAUCUACCAGACCCUUGGAGCCAAUUUAUUAACAGUAAUAUUGAGUCCAGAGACUACAAACCAACCCCUGAAAGCUCACCUUAUACUUCAAGGGCAAUUUUUGAUAUCAGUCAAGAUUCUGAUACAAAAACCAACUUAAAUUAUCAUCCAUUAAGCCCAGACACCGAAGAUUUAAUAAUGAGCACUUCAACAAAUGAAAAAGACAAAUUCGUAUCAAACACUUCAAAAUUAAAAUCGCACGGUCUUUGCUUAUCAACUGAAGACGUAGAACAGGUGAAAUUAUUUUUACACGAGUUUACCAAAACCUGUUUGUUGCCUUAUAUCGAAAAACAAAUUCACCAACUAAGUGAUGUGAUAUCAAAUAAAAAAGGUGUCAGCAGAUCGUUAUUCAGUGCGACAAAGCGGUGGUUUAAUCCAAACAAACCUGGCGCCAGUUCAGUUGCAGUGAAUAACCUUAUAUACGCGCCUGAUUCACCUGAAUUACAAGUCCGGCGACUAGGAGACCUUUAUUUCAUGUUUGGCCAUUAUUUACUAGCGUUUCAAGCAUAUCAUUUAGCUAAAAGGGAUUACAACACUGACCAGGCUUGGCUGUACUAUGCUGGGGCACUAGAAAUGGCCGCGUUAGCAGCCUUCAUGGCAAAUGAGUCGAGCAGGAAGACUUACGAUUACAUGGAAGAAAGCAUAACUACUUACUUGAACACGUGCAAGAUGCCUCAAUUUGCAACGCGAGCAACACUUUUAAGCUCCGAAUGUCUCAAAAGUAAAGGAUUGUACGGCGAAGCAGCCCAUCAGUUGAUAAGAAUGACAAGUGAAGAGUCCGAUUUAAGAUCAGCUCUGUUUCUUGAACAGGCCGCUUAUUGUUUUUUACAUUCAAAAAUGGUUAGAAAAUAUGCGUUUCAUAUGGUUUUGGCCGGUCAUAGAUUCUCUAAAGCUGCUCAAAGGAAACACUCAUUGAGAAGUUACAAACAAGCACAUCAAAUUUACGAAAAUAGUGGCUGGGAUUUAGCUGAGGAUCAUAUUCAUUAUACUAUAGGACGUCAAGCUCAUAAUCUUCAUUCCUUUGAUGAGGCUGUGAAGUCGUUUGCGAGACUACUUAACGGAGAUAGCAAACAGUCUGGCCAACAGCAGAGUGUGUUCUUGAAGGAAUAUCUAACAAUACUAGGGAAUAAAUUAUUGAAAGAGGAUGAUAAUGAGAUUCCGAUUCUGGCUUUACCGGAGUUAGACAGUGAUUCUUUAAAGUUGUUAAUGGAGCCAACGCCUCCGUUAACAACACCUGGAAAGGUUCCAGCAAUGGGAGUUAACUUUCUUGAAAAAGAUAGCGCUGAUGCUGUAGCUAGGUGGAAUAAAUUGGAGGAAAUUUUAGUACAAGAAGCUUUUGGUUCUCUUCCUCUUACAUUCAAACCAAUGAUAACACUUUAUAGUGUUAAUAAUUUAACGAAGAACGUACCAACAGCAAUUGUAAAUGAACCGAUCCAAGUCUGUGUACAACUAAUCAAUUCGUUGCAAAUUGUUCUACAAUUGAAAGAUAUUUAUUUGAUUUGGUGUUUUAAAAAUGACGGCAUUGUGGCUUCCAAUGAAAAUCCUAGCAAUAACGUUGACAAUUAUGUCAAAACGCAUGUCACUAAAUCGAUUUUGUUACAAAGCAAUUGUAAUCAAAAUAUUAUACUUGCAUUAACGCCGUUAGUAACAGGGGUGAUUACUCUUCAAGGGAUUUGUUACACUUUAACCAGUUCAAACACGCCAACUGACAAUAUAUUUAUAAAGGGAAAACAGUUAUUUAAUUUUGAGAAAAGCUACACAAAAAAUGUUAAUCAUGUGGAAAAAAAGGAAGUAGAAAUCAAAGUCGUGCCAUUAGCACCCUGUUUGCAGGUGACUUUUUCCGAACUCAAUUUGGAAUUUUUAUGUGACGAAGUACAAAAAGUUACAAUAGAUUUUCAAAAUACGGGUACUCUACCUUUGCACAAAGUGUAUAUGGCGACGUCAGCCCCCGAGUACUUGUGUAAUUGUGAGACCAAAACCAAAGAAUUGCCCGAAUUUUCAGUAAAUUGCACACCAGCAAUGAGAGAGAAAUUUAUCAGGGAUAACCACAUUACUUCAGUACCUCUUCCAAACGAUAGGCUUGAACCAGGGCAAAGUACAACAGUUGCCAUUUUUAUUAAAGCGCCUAAUGUAUCCGGGCCUUGUCUUGUAGAUUUACUUAUUUUUUACGAAAAUGUCAACACAGGAGUCGUUCCAAGGUAUCGGUUAGUGCGCCACAAGUGGAAUUUGUCGGUCCAAGAUUCUAUAAAAAUAGAUGUGUCAGUUCAAGAGAGCUUUAAUUCGAAGCAAGUGGAAGAAAUCGCAGUGGUCCUAAAGGCGUCAAACUUGAACAAGCUUCACAGUUCGACUUUGACAGAGAUAAGUCUUUUAAACGUGGGAAUGCUUAGUAGAUUUUGGAGUUUUAUCGAAAACGUCGUGACCCCUAAAUACAUAAACCUACAUUCUCAGGAGUCCGCUCAUAUUUUAUUAAAAGCGCGUCGACUUAACGAAAAAAAGAGCGUCUACUCAAAUAUUUACUUAAACCAUGAAAGGAGCAUGCGUCAGCACCUCAAUUCAGCUUACAUCGCUUUCGCCAAAAAGACAGAACAUUGUCAAGUGAAUUUAUUUAAUGAGUUUGAAUCGACUCCUGAAAACAAGGACGGGAUUGUUUUCGUGCAAUGGCAGGCGUUGGUGAACGACCCUCAAAAACGGGUAGUCGAUGGACAAACACAAAUUCGUAUAAAAGUCCACAAAACAAACGACGAUCAAGCCGACAUGGACGAAUUUGCGGCUUUGACCGAUCCGGCAACUUUGCUCGAAGUCAGUCUGAAUAAAGACAAACAAAAUGAAAAUCAGACUUCACAGCAAACCAAAGUUACGUGUACUCUCAUUUACCCAGCAAUUGUCGAACAUAAUUUCCAAAAAGAGAAAUUUUGUGUGGUGCCGGUCACGCUGCUCUUACACAGUAUUGUAAAUGAUACCGAUUUGAAUGUUAUGGUUAAUACUUUGGGCGCGACGAGUGGGCCGCCACCGCUGACACACUCUGACCUUUUUUAUCCGUUUGCUUCCAAAAAUUUUUCCUGGCUUGGGACCGGGAGUGCAGUUAAGGAAGUCAAACCUCUGUCGACAGUACCAGUGAAUCUCUCGGCUGUGGUUUUGAGACCGGGGACUUUUGAUUUAGGUGCGCGAAUUGAAAUCUUUUGCAGCACUGCCAACCAAAUGGACGCUCCUGUACUUCAAACCUGCCAGAUUCAAUCAGCAUUAAUUGUUAUAGAUGGGGAUAGUUAACUUUAUAAUUCAGUUUCAAUAUUUAUUUAUCACGAUUUUUUGUUGAUGUAUUUGUAUAUUUUAAAGAAUUUUAUGUUUUAGUUUCAAUCUAUUGUGCUUCAAAUAAUUUUUUUGUAUAUAUUUACUUGUUUUCUUUGAAACCAUUAAUUCCAAUGUAUUAAAACAAAUAUUAUGAAUAAAAAUUUAUUACGACUUUA